AUGUCCGACAGUCCAGAUGAUUCGGAUGAUGAAUUUUUCGAUUGCACUGAGCCCUUUCCUUCUAAAUUUUACGCUGUCGCUGUUCCACGUUCCUCCCCUGGUGCCGGUCUUUUCGCCAAUAUUACACAAGCAAAAUCCAGGCUUAGAAGUGUCAAGGGUUCUCGUUUAAAGGCGUUCGAUUCGAUACAGGAUGCGAGUGACUACUCCGCUUGUCCUGUGGCAGAAGGUUCUGAACAUCCUUUGCCUAUCCCAGAGGGCGAAAUUGUAAAGUUUCCCAGCAUCAGACAAGCAGAUCUUCUGCGCUUAAGGAAAUAUAUUGAAGCAAAUGACAUUGAUUCGAUUGAAAAAUGUAUAUCAGAUAAUCCCAUGUAUCUCCUUACGGGCUACGAUACGCCGACUAUAUUACAGCUUGUAUUUCGUUUCAAUGCCAUCCAUAUUGCGGCAAAAUUGGGCCAUGCGGAUGUGAUUAAACUUAUCAUUUCGUAUCUUGAGUCGUCUGAGUUUUGGGCUCGUAUUUAUCCCAACGCCGAUGUACAUACGGCUGGGGAGCGUCGACUACGCGUUUUGGACCUCUACUUAAACAGCCCUGAAACCGGCAGUCUCUCCACACCGCUACAUCUGGCCAGCAAGUUCGGCCACGUUGAAUGUGUGCGUGUGUUGGCCAGUCAUCCAGCCACCUUGCUAGAUCUGCGCGACGCCUCCGGUGCCACGGCUCUCGAUACCGCCUGCACCCGUCUCCUCGUUAACGAAAGCCUGUCGCUAGAACAGAAGUCUCUCCGUCGCCAGAUCAUUGCUCGGGCUCUCGAUGAGCGCUACGUGGUGUUGGUGGAUCGCAGCGAACUGGUUGGCGGGGCGGAGGAGAUUAAGCCGACAAUCCUGCCACUCGGUCUGAUGGGGCGCCAGCUGCACCACCUCCUUUCCGCCACCGGGCAGUUGAGCUGCCCUGGGGUGUCGGAGUUCUGCACUCACCUCACCGCCCAUCGCCUCGCUGCUGCCGCCGCCGCCACUCCAAGCACCCCGCCCGCAUCACCGACGCCAAUGUCGCCCCCUCUCCCGUUCUCGCCCCGCAGCAUGGUCAGCCCACCGCGUCAGUCGCCGGUUGCGGCCGUGCAUUCGCCCUCUGUCGCUGGUAUCGAUGGCACUGCACGUGGCAGUUCGGCCGAUCUUCGGGCUUUCGGUGUGACAGGUCAUCUCGUCCGAGUCCGCGCAAUUCUUGGGCCUCUUGAUACUGAGGAGGCUCAGCGCGCCGUGGCCAGUUGGAGACGACCACAAAAUCCGUUUUGGACGAACCUCCGUCUUAUGGACGCAGAAAAGGGCUACGAGCGAUAUGGCCGGCGGCUGGCAACGGAGUUAGACACCAAGUGGACCGAGCACUGGGCCUUCCUGGACGAUUUUGCUGACCUGCGAUCAGACUACGGUCUCGGCCUCCUCAACGACUAUCUGGCGCAAUUCUACGUCUCCACCAAAAAUACUCAACAAUCUCCUGCUGUCACACAUGGCUCUUUCCCCUGUCACAUCCUCAACUUCAAUGAAAGUAUGGAGGAGUCUAGCCCCAAGAGGACCCCUAAUAAGCGCGUUAAAUGUGAGAAGAAUGGCACUUCAGUGGUAUGGUCAAAUGCCAGGGAGGGGCUUUGCCCCUGGACUGCCUAUAGGGAGGACAAUAACCCAGAACAGGUUCUCUCGGAUGGCCUCGAGGGGUCCUCCUCUUCAUCAACGUCAUCCGGAAAUUCGUAUUCUAUGGAAUGUGAUGUCGACCCAAAGUUCCCGUCGCCGAAGCAAAUGUCGCCAGUAAUCGGAAUGCUAAACAACUUUAUAGUCUCCUCCCCUCUGCGUUUCAUCUUGCCCCCAUUCUGUGCCGGUGGCAGCAGCCCAACCAUGUCACGGCCAGAGAAGCGCAUCUCCAUGUUUUCCCACAGUGAAGACGUCACUAGCACUCCGCUACGACACGCCCCUUUGACACCGUCGCGAAAAACAACUUCGGCGAAGCAAAAAUCGGCACGCAGACACGUCAUUUACGGUAUGUGGCCAAGUCUGCUAGAAGCGCGGACGUCGGACAGAGGGAGCCGCACGACGCAUCUACAUGCCUCUAUCACACCUGCGGAAGUUAGUGUCCGCAAUGCACUCAACUGUGAUGUUACACCUGAUGAAAAUUCCAAUCAAAAUUGGACGAGGGGAAUUGGAGUGAAUCUUGAAAACUACCCCUUUGUGAAGCAAUGGAAACGAGAAUUAGACUUAUCGAUACAGCAUUCUUAG